AUGUCGGAUAAUCGUACGACGACUGUCGCCUUCGGCAUUUCGGAUGCCUGGGUAUGUAUCACGGACGAACCUGGCCAUCGACGUAUCCGCCAGAAAAUCAAAUGGAGCCCGCCAGAGUUGCCUCUGGCGCUUCACCAGCAGCUGGCUCAAGAUCGUGCCAGUGGUCGGCCCAUCCAGCAAGUGGUAAUGGGCCAGGACUACUGGGUCAUCCUCUACCGCGACGGGAAUGUUGCAACUCCAAAGGAGAGUGCACUCUCAGACCUUCUCGAAAGGGCCCGCAGUAGAGGGCUUACCAUCGCGGUAUAA